GAGGAGAGCCAGGCGAGCGCGGGUUGGGGCAGCCACGCCACUCCGCCUGAAGGUCGCUGGGAACCUCCGCCCUUCACCUUCCUCGGAAAUCCGCCACGCCGAGCCAAGCCUCCCCGCCCAGCCCCGGCUGAAGGGGCCACCUUUUCCCGGCCGCCGCAGCCAGACCUUGACACAAAGGACAUCAAACGGCCCGGGAUAAAAAUCCCGGAAGGGCGGACACCUCAACAUCGCCUUUUGUCACCUUUCCCUUUAUUUCCCGAGAUAUUUAUUGAGUGUCUACUGCGGGCCAGGCGCUAUAUCUAUGUGCAUAGAAAAACCCUGGGGAAGACCAUACAACGAUAUAUAUACAGUGAUCAUCUCUGCUUGCUGAGAUAAUAGGUGUGUCAAACAUAUUUUUGCUGCUGUCUACUAAAUACAUUUAGAACAAGAGAAAUUUGGACUAAUUAUUUGACUACAGAUACUUUCUAAUCAUGAUGCAUUUCAAAAGUGGACUUGAAUUAACUGAGUUGCAAAACAUGACAGUGCCUGAGGACGAUAACAUUAGCAAUGAUUCCAAUGAUUUCACAGAAGUAGAAAAUGGUCAAAUAAAUAGCAAGUUUAUUUCUGAUCGUGAAAGUAGAAGAAGUCUCACAAACAGCCAUUUGGAAAAAAAGAAAUGUGAUGAAUAUAUUCCAGGAACAACCUCCUUGGGCAUGUCUGUUUUUAACCUAAGCAAUGCCAUUAUGGGCAGUGGGAUUUUGGGACUUGCCUUUGCCCUGGCAAACACUGGAAUCCUGCUUUUUCUGAUACUUUUGACUUCUGUGACAUUGCUGUCUAUAUAUUCAAUAAACCUUCUAUUGAUCUGUUCAAAAGAAACAGGCUGCAUGGUUUAUGAAAAGCUGGGAGAACAAGUCUUUGGCACCACAGGGAAGCUCGUAAUCUUUGGGGCUACUUCUCUACAGAACACUGGAGCAAUGCUGAGCUACCUCUUCAUAGUAAAAAAUGAACUACCCUCUGCCAUAAAGUUUCUAAUGGGAAAGGAAGAGGCAUUUUCAGCCUGGUAUGUGGAUGGACGAGUUCUGGUGGUGAUAGUUACCUUUGGCAUAAUUCUCCCUCUCUGUCUCUUAAAGAACCUAGGGUAUCUUGGCUAUACUAGUGGAUUUUCCUUGAGCUGUAUGGUUUUUUUCCUAAUAGUGGUUAUUUAUAAGAAAUUUCAAAUUCCCUGCAUUGUUUCAUCACUAAACCAAACAAGUCCUAAUUCAACGGUUUCUGAGACGUGUAUGCCAAAAUAUGUUACCUUCAAUUCAAAGACCGUGUAUGCGUUACCAACCAUUGCAUUUGCAUUUGUCUGCCACCCGUCAGUCCUGCCAAUUUACAGUGAGCUUAAAGACCGAUCACAGAAAAAAAUGCAGAUGGUUUCAAACAUCUCCUUUUUUGCCAUGUUCGUUAUGUACUUCUUGACUGCCAUUUUUGGCUACUUGACAUUCUAUGAAACUGUGCAGUCAGACCUCCUUCACAAGUACCAGAAUAAAGACGACAUUCUCAUCCUGACAGUGCGGCUGGCUGUCAUCGUCGCUGUGAUCCUCACGGUGCCUGUGUUGUUUUUCACGGUUCGUUCAUCUUUAUUUGAACUGGCUAAAAAAACAAAGUUUAAUUUAUGUCGUCAUACUGUGGUUACCUUCAUACUAUUGGUUAUUAUCAACUUGUUGGUGAUCUUCAUACCCUCCAUGAAAGAUAUUUUUGGGGUCGUAGGAGUUACAUCUGCUAAUAUGCUCAUUUUCAUUCUUCCUUCAUCUCUUUAUUUAAAAAUCACAAACCAGGAUGGAGAUAAAGGAACCGAAAGAAUUUGGGCUGCCCUUUUCUUGGGUCUGGGGGUAUUGUUCUCCUUGGUCAGCAUUCCCUUGGUCAUCUAUGACUGGGCCUGCUCGAGUGGUGACGAAGGCCACUGAGACCAGCCGAGGAAAGAAAACAUUCCUGUCAUCUGCUCAAUCAAGCCCCCACACAUCAGCAACGUCUCAUCACUUCUUUUGCAAGUUUACAGAAGCAAACAAAAAUUUACAGGAUAUUUAAAACAGAAUAACUCUUUGGUCACAAAAUAGAGACCUGUUUCUAUAAUGGGUCGAGUCCCUCCAAGAUUUGGGAUCAAUUUAGGGAUUGUGGGAUUUUUUUUUUUUUCAAAUUUCAUGCAAGCGUAUUUCCCAGUACUUUUCACAGUCAAUUAUUUUUCACCCUCCUAACUCUAUGUUUUGUGGCUUCACAGUCUCUUAGAACUUUGAAAACAUGAUCAUCAAUCAUGUUUAUUUAUUAUACAUCCAGAUUCUGAAAUAAUUUUCCUACUGAUGUUCAGACUCACACUAUCUGUACCUUUUUAGAAGAGAAAAGAAUCUUGAAUUGUAUAUAUUUAUUUUGCUUUACAGAAAAAAAAAAUGGUUUCGUAAAUAAUUUGCCUAUUUUGGUUAACAUAGCACACAGGGAUAAUCAUCUGAGAGUCAUGGGGCACGUGCCACUGUAGGAUCAGAGCAUGCCCAAUAUUUGAGGUGGCUCUGAUCACCUGGCAGCUGAGCGUGGACAGUCCAGUGGCCUUGCUGGUACUAUAUCCCAGCCCGUACAGAGACAUUCUCUAGCCAGUGUUCUCAGCUGGGAAGCAGGUGAGAAUGAUUCUUACCUUGGUAAUUAAAUUAAGCCACACAUUUGAGUAAUAUAGCAAUUGAAGUUUUGUUUCCCUCUUGGCAACUUGCGUCAAAGUUACUCUAGUCUGAGUCGACUUUUGCUGAGGAAGACCCAUGGCACCUGCUCUGAAAAGAUUGUCCAAAAUACCUAAGAAAAUAUUCCUCUGAUGCAGAUAGCCUUCAACCCUCCACCUGUAUUGCUGAAGGGAGGAAAAAAAUGUUUUAGUAAAUUAUAAGCCCAGCAGCUUUUAGUCAUGUCCACCAGCUGUUUGCACAGAGAAUAAUGUGUACCUAAGGAUGAUCUAAGAUAAGUAAUUCCUGUUUUAUAUUGGGUACUUUAGGGAAGUCUUUAAAAGACUUGUUUUAUAUCUAUAAAUCUAGGUUAUUACAAAUGUAAGAUUUUUGUACCUUAAAUAAGCCUCAUUUCUAUUUCUUCUCCAUUAACUCUCCAGAGUCUUG